UUUUUCAGAGUGGAAAAAUGCGCUAAGGAGGUGGAACGAAAAAAGGAGAUUCAUCCUGCGCUCUCAGCCGAAGAGGAACUGGAGCCCCCGGACGAUUUCAGAGGAAUCAGUGUCUAUCCAGACGCUAUGGAAGUCAUUCAUCCUGAAUCGCCAUUCCUUCGCCCCAACGUCACCAGGGGGCCUUAUCGAGACGUGGGACACUACUUGGAUGUCCAGUUCCGUCUGUUGAGGGAGGAUUUUGUUGCUCCGUUGAGAAAAGCAAUAUGUAGGUACAUGAAAAAUCCCAAAGAUAAGUUGGACGAUGUGAAAAUUUACAACCCGAUUCGGUUCCUGAACAUGGAGACCGUCACCGAACAAAAAUGCUUCCGCAUCCAGUACGACUUCAGCACCAAAAAAAGAACGUUUGUGUACGAAAACUCCAGAAGGUUUAUGUUCGGAGCUCUGCUGUGCUUCACCAGCGAUAACUUCAAGACGGUUCUCUUCGCCAAAGUGGCCAAACGCGACGUCAAGGAUUUGUUAGAGAAAGGCCAGUUGAUCGUUGGGUUCAGUGAGGAUGUCGAUCUCCCUGAGAACCUCUACGACCUCCAGUACGUUAUGGUGGAGAGUACUGUCUACUUUGAACCUUACUAUCGGGUGCUUAAUGUCCUAAAAACGAUGCAGCCAGAGAACUUCCCAAUGGAACGCUACAUCAUCAGCGUCCAGACUACUACUCAGCCGCCGAAUUACCUGCUGAAGAUCGAUCCCCAGUUCUACAACAUUGAGAAUGAAACGUUUUUUCCGCUUGAUUGGGGCGAGAGACAGUUUUACGGGUUGAAUGACUCGCAGAAUUCUGCUUUCAAGGCUGCACUCACGAGGGAGUUCGUAAUUAUCCAGGGUCCACCAGGAACCGGAAAAACCUUUCUUGGUCUGAAAAUUGCCCGUACGCUGCUACACAAUAAGUCAGUGUGGUACAGUAACACCCCCAUUCUCGUCAUUUGCUACACCAACCAGGCUCUGGAUCAGUUCCUCGAAGGACUUCUUCCAGUGACUCAGGACAUAUUGAGGGUCGGCGGACAGUCCAAGAACGAGAAACUCGACAAGUACAAUAUCCGGAAUAGGAGAUUCAAGGUUGCCUGUGGCCCUGUAAUCGCUCAAAGACGGCACGAGGUGCAGUCUAUUAUUCAAGAAAUCGCGUCGAUUGACCACUCCCUGAGCGAGAUAGAGAAAAAUAUCAGCGUGGUGGAGUUUGACGUAUUCCGAAACGUGAUUCCAAACUUUGCGGGAAGCUGGUUCGAUACCGCAAAAAGUGAAGAUAUUUUGAGAUGGUUGUUCACUGGAGGAGAAGUUAACUAUCGUAAUCUCAGAAUUGAUGACCAAGCAGAAGCAAUUGCCGAUCCUAGCCCACAGAUGAAUGAAGGAGCUGAUGCAAUCGCCAAAGAAGAAGAGGAAGAUAUGGACAUCACUGAUAAUCUGUUUGAAGAUGAUGUGCUUUUCGAUAAUAUCAAAUUGGCAGGCGUCAGAGAGCUCGUAAGCCUAAAGUCUUUGAGCACCAAAAUUGACAUUCUGAAACGAGAGUUGUUAUCAAUACGUGACGACAAUGAGAUGAACUUUUGGGAUAAACGUCACCAUAUAGACUGCCUCAAUUUCGAGAUUUACAGAACGGAAGGCGAAUUAGAAUACUUGCAGAUGAGACUAGCAGAAGGAAAAAACAGCACGGCUGCUCCGCAAUUCCUCAAUUUGAUGAACCCUCAUUACAUGUCACACGAUGACAGGUGGCAGAUGUAUUUUCAUUGGUUGGGAAUCUACGUCGCCAAACUGAGAGAGCGGAAGGAAGCUGUCAGCAUAGGGUUUCGGAAGGUCUAUUCACUGUACACAGAGAUGCGCGACAUUGAGGAUGCACAAGUGAUGAAAAGUUCUCUGGUCGUCGGAAUGACAACUACAGGUGCUGCUCGUCUUCAGUCCGUCUUGCAGUCCCUCAAGAGUCCGAUAGUGAUUGUGGAAGAAGCCGCGGAGGUUCUCGAAGCUCACAUUAUAAGUUCUUUAACGCCUCACUGCAGACAUUUGAUACUAAUCGGCGAUCACCAACAGCUGAAGCCCAGCACUGCCAAUUUUAAAAUUGAAACCAAAUAUCGACUAGGUAUAAGUUUGUUCGAGAGAAUGGUCAUAAACAGAAUCCAGUGCCACACUUUGACCGUUCAGCAUCGUAUGCGUCCUGAAAUAUCAUGCCUUAUCAGACCUUCCAUUUAUCCAGUGUUAGAAGAUCACGAGUCCGUCUUCCAUAGGCCCCAGAUACUGGGGAUAGAAAACUGCAUUUACUUCUUGGACCAUAACGAGCAGGAACAAAUAUGCAAGGACAACAGUAAAAAGAAUGUGCAUGAAGCUAAGUUUCUGAUCAGAUUGGCUCGUCACCUGAUCCUAAAUGGUUAUAAACCCGAGGACAUCACAAUUCUUGCUGCAUACCUAGGUCAGAUGUUCGAGAUGCAACGUGAGAAGAAGCUCUACUCCAAUUUGCUGCAAAACGUCAGAAUUGCAGUCUUAGAUAACUACCAAGGAGAGGAAAGCAAUAUUAUCCUUUUGUCUCUAGUUCGGAGCAACAGCAAUAAUAAAAUUGGAUUCUUAAAGAUAGAAAACAGGGUAUGUGUGGCUUUGUCAAGAGCCAGGAACGGUUUCUACAUGAUGGGAAAUAUGUCGCUGCUUUGUGAUAAUAGUGAGAUAUGGCCGAAAAUAAGGGAUUCCCUGAAAAAUCAAGACGCCAUUGGCCCAUAUCUCACUUUCCGUUGUCAAGUGCAUCGCCAUAAAAUCACCCACGUUAAGAAAGCAGAAGACUUCAAUAGUUUUCCUGAGGGAGGGUGCGAUCUCAUGUGUGAGGCGAAAUUAGGAUGCGGUCAUUUCUGCAAGAGGUUAUGUCACGUUGAAGACAUGGAACACGUCUUUUAUAAGUGCAGGGAAGAUUGCGUCAACUUGUUAUGUGACGACGACCCAACCCACGUAUGCCGGAAGCGGUGCCACGAGGAAUGCGGUCCGUGCACAUAUCCUGUUAAAAGAGAUUUGCAGUGCGGUCAUUCAGUCAUGAUCGCCUGUCAUGUUGAUCCGUUGGCGCACAAGUGCACUGUACUUGUUGACACGAAACUACCAUGUGAACAUGAAGCACAGAAACCGUGUCACGAGGAUGCAGAAACUUUCAGUUGUCCUCAUCCUUGCGACUCGAGAGUUGAACCCUGCGGACAUGCCUGUCGGCUGAGUUGUCACAUCAGAAACGACCCUGAUCAUUUAGAGUAUAAAUGCACGAAACCGUGCGACAGAUAUCGCAAAGGAUGUUCUCUCCAGAACGACGAGGCUCAUUUGUGCCCGAGAAUGUGUCACGAGGAAUGUCCCAAUUGCGAAGUAGAAGUUCUGAAGAGAAGAAGUAGGUGCAACCACAUGUCCAAAACUCCCUGUAAUCUGGAUGCCGACCUCAAAGAAUGUCAAAAACCGUGUCAGAAACUCCUACCAUGUGGCCACAAAUGCAAGAGGAAGUGCGAAGAACCCUGCGAAAAUUGCAAAGAAAAGGUUAAAAAAAUCGUUCCCAUUUGCGAACAUGAGAUCAACAUUGAAUGUUACAUUGAACCUGAUAGGAAGUACUGUAAAGGAAAAUGUCCACGUCUGCUGCCUUGCGGUCACCCGUGCUUGAACAAAUGUAACGAAGAAUGCACCGAAAAAUGUAAAGUAAUAAUCGACUGCGCCAUUCCUAGUCCGUGUGAUCACGUCAUCAAAAAAAUAAAAUGUUUCUUGAAGGAUAAUGAGGAUUCUAAAAUCCUGUUGCAACGCUGCUCAGAACCAUGUGGAGUCAAGCUGAAGUGCAACCACAUCUGUCAGGGCACUUGCGGCGAGUGUUCUCAAGGUCGCAUCCAUGUGAAGUGCAGAGAGAAAUGUGGAGUCCCGUUGGUGUGCAACCACGAGUGUACCAUACCGUGUCGGCAAGCGUGCAAACCUUGUCUGAAGCCCUGCGAGUACCGUUGCAAGCACAGCAAGUGUAAGAGGAACUGUGGAGACCCUUGCACGUUCUGUAAGGAGCCUUGCGGAAGAAGGUGCGAGCACCAGCAAUGCACUAAAAAAUGUGGAGAACCAUGCAACGUACCUCCUUGCUCCAAGCCGUGCAUGAAGAUGCUGAAAUGCGGACACAGAUGCGUCGGCUUCUGUGGGGACCGUUGCCCCGUACUCUGCAAGAUCUGCGACAAAGAGGAACUGACGGAAGUUUUUCUUGGCAACGAAGACGAAGAAGAUGCCAUCUACGUCAUGCUGGAGGACUGUGGGCAUAUUUUCGAAUCUGGUGACAUGGAACGGUGGCUGAAGAUGGACGAGAACGUAAUUAAGGCUAAGGUGUGCCCGAAAUGUAAAACUACUAUCAAAACCACGACUCGAUACAGCAAUUACACCAGACGUACUUUGAUGGACAUCAUAAAGGUGAAGACGCAGUUCUACGGAAUUGAAGCAGAGAACGAAAAGGAAAGACUGAGCAUAAGGGAAGACUUGACAGAAGUAGAGCUCCUACUUUCAGUGUUGAACUUUCCAGAAUGUUUUUUAUCUGCUUUACAUCGUUUGGCCCAGAGAUUAAGUAUCAGCAAAGGAAGGCGUCGCCAAGCUAUCAACAAAAUGGAUCUGAGUGCUAUCAAAUCUAAAAUACAGAUUUUCGAAGCCGUCAUCAAAAUUUUUGUGAAUGUAAAAGAAGAGCUCAAAAAUACCAUGUCUAAAUUUACCACGCACAAACUAACCGUCUCAUUAGGAACCAUUUUGAAGAACUGCGAGCAACAAGUUUCAUUUAUAGUAGCCGCUGUGAUGAGGGACGAGGAUUCGAUUACUGACCAAGAGAUAGAAGACAUCACCCUGGAGAUCAAUCGGCUGAUGAGGUGGUCUCAGUUUGAACAGCUCAAAAUAUCCUCCACCAUUUCUUACAGUACCAGAGAUGAAGUCAAGCAGCAGGUUGCAGAGAUUGAAGGUCUUUUGAACACCCCGACUAGAUUCAGUUCCAACUUUGAUGAAAUCUUGAAAUCCAAACUGAAAACGUUGAGGAAAGUAACAGCCUCGCCGAUACAGAUUUCUGAAGCUGAGCGCGUCGCCAUCGUUAAAGCCGUAGGCUUGAGUCUAGGCCACUGGUACAAGUGCCCCAACGGGCAUCCUUACAUCAUCACCGAAUGCGGAGGCGCCAUGCAGGUCUCCAAAUGUAACGAAUGCGGCGUGAACAUCGGCGGAGAGAACCAUCGGUUGCUGCCGGGACAAGCUGUCGCAACCGAAAUGGACGGCGCACGUCAUGCUGCUUGGUCUGAGGGGGCGAAUAUGGAGAAUUACGUACUUUGAGCUGAUACUUGCUAGUUUGGUUUCAAUCAUUUUGGUAUUGUAACAUUUUAUUUCUCUUCUGAAUGUUAUUACACAACCUGUACAUGAAGAAACGAUGAGGUGAGAUAGCUUUUAUGAAAUAAUCGUAGAGGUAUUCGUUAGAAGCAUUGACUUGAAACAGAAUGAAGUCAUGCAUUGAGUAUGAAUUCAUUAUUGACGUUUAUUGUUUAUUUCAUUUGUUGUUCAUGUAUGAAUUAUUUUAGUUUACUUUUCCUUUGUAAUAUAGGGUGCAAUAUACUGGGUCACAAAGAAAUCAUUGUACACAGCGUCAUUCAGUUGUUUUUGGGUAAUAAAAUCGAAAUUCGGUGCGAAGAAACAGUUCAAUGAAUAAAUUAGUUGAAAACCUAUUCUGGUUUAUUUGGAAAUCAACCCUAGUCAAGUAUAUUUUCUUGGGAAAUGAAAUUCUCUAUUCAACAACAUUUCUAUUCAAAAUGGCGGCAUGGAAGCGAUUUUCAUUGAAUUCAAUAUGGCGGCGAUGUGGCGUCAUCUAUGAAAAUACUGUCAAACAACUUGACUUGAAAAACAUAGUUUGCCUAAUUUUCAAGGAAAAAUUUGAGUGUUUCACCAAUACAAGUACUUAUUAUUUAUUAUCAUUCAUAUCUAAAAUCAUUUGCCUUUCAUUUUUCUCUGCCAGUCUAAAUUUAACAAAAUAGAGCAAUGUGGUUAAACAAUUUUGAAACUGUCACUUUUUCAUUGACCCAGAAAAGUGGACGUUGUAAUAUAAAGGCUACACUUUGUUGUUAAA